AUCGCGAUUCGCUAGGAUAAUAAUGGUUGAUUUCUUUGUUGUUUCAAUGUUUGUCAAGCAAGUUGACUCUUAAUUUUAUUGAAUAUAUGCGUUAUUAAUAUUUUAUGUGUGUUCCAAAACAAAACAUUGAAGAAGUGUAUGGAAUUGUUAAGAAAUAUCCAGAUAUUACUUAAAAUACGUGGUCUAAAAGCAACUUCUUCAUACAGGUUUUGAUAAUGAAGAUAAACGUGGAUGGACUGUUGGUUUACUUUCCUUAUGACUAUAUCUAUCCUGAACAGUACUCCUACAUGAUAGAACUUAAAAGAUGUUUAGAUGCUAAAGGUCAUGGCUUACUGGAAAUGCCUUCAGGAACAGGGAAGACUAUAUCUCUCUUAUCAUUGAUUUUGUCAUACCAGAGAGCUAAACCAUCGGAGCUUGCAAAGUUAAUAUACUGUUCCCGUACAGUUCCAGAGAUUGAAAAGGUACUUGAAGAAUUGAAAGGACUGAUUGCUUAUUAUGAGAAAGAAACUGGCCAGAAAAGUUCAUCUGUAGCUUUAUGUUUGAGUUCUCGAAAAAAUUUAUGCAUACAUCCUCAGGUGAGUAAAGAAAGAAAUGGGAAAGUUGUUGAUGGAAGAUGUUACAGUUUGACUGCAUCAUAUAAACGCUCAAAAGCUCGUGUAGACCCGUCUGUUAGCUCAUGCUCCUUCUUUGAGUCUUUCGAUGCUCAUGGGAGAGAGUACCCUCUACCAGCAGGUGUUUAUAGUCUUGAUGACCUGAAAGAAUAUGGAAAAAAAAAUGGUUGGUGCCCGUAUUUUAUUGCUCGUCAUGCUAUAACUCAUGCUAACGUGAUUGUGUAUAGUUAUCACUAUUUAUUGGACCCAAAGAUAGCUGAUCUUGUUUCAAAAGAAUUUUCCAGAAAUUCAAUUGUUGUUUUUGAUGAGGCUCAUAACAUUGACAAUGUUUGUAUUGAGUCUAUGAGCGUGACUAUCAGCAGAAGAGUGAUAGAACGAUGCCAAAACAACAUUCAGGUGCUAGCUCAAACAAUAAAAGAUUUAAAAGAGCAAGAUACCAAUAAGCUUAAAGAGGAAUACCAAAGAUUGGUGGAAGGAUUAAGAGAUGCCAAUGUUGCACGUGAAACUGAUAUUGCACUUUCUAAUCCAGUAUUGCCAGAUGAAGUUUUGCAAGAGGCUGUACCUGGUAACAUUCGUAAUGCUGAACAUUUUAUCAGUUUUUUGAAAAGAUUCUUAGAGUAUGUGAAGACAAGGCUCAGGGUCCAGCAUGUGGUUCAGGAUAGUCCUGCAUCAUUUCUUAAGGAUGUAUAUCAGAAAGUUUACAUUGAAAGGAAACCCCUUAGGUUUUGUUCGGAAAGGCUUCGAUCUUUGAUACGGACUUUAGAAGUUUCAGACAUCACAGACUUUUCAUCAUUACUUUUAUUGUCCAACUUUGCUACACUUGUGAGCACCUAUACAAAAGGUUUUAUUGUUAUCAUUGAACCUUUUGAUGACAAAAUGCCAACAGUUCCAAAUCCCAUUUUACACUUCAGCUGUAUGGAUGCUUCCAUUGCCAUCAAACCUGUUUUUGAAAGAUUUCAGUCAGUAAUUAUAACUUCUGGGACUUUGUCACCAUUAGACAUGUACCCCAAGAUCCUUGACUUUCGACCUGUCAUAUUAGCAUCUUUUACUAUGACCCUAGCAAGGCCUUGCAUCUGUUCAAUGAUUGUAAGUAAAGGAAAUGACCAAGUGGCUAUGACUUCCAAAUUUGAAACUAGAGAUGAUAUUGCCGUAAUACGCAACUAUGGUAAUCUUCUGGUUGAAAUGGCUACGAUUGUACCUGAUGGCAUUGUUUGUUUUUUCACCAGUUACUUCUACAUGGAAGCUGUUGUUGCUUCUUGGUAUGAACAAGGAGUGAUAGACAAUAUUCAGAAACAUAAACUUCUGUUUGUGGAAACUCAGGAUGCUGCAGAAACCAGUCUAGCUUUAUUAAACUACAUCAAGGCAUGUAAUAAUGGUAGGGGAGCUGUAAUGCUCUCUGUGGCUCGAGGAAAAGUUUCUGAAGGUGUAGAUUUUGAUCACCACUUAGGCCGGGCGGUAUUGAUGUUUGGCAUACCUUUUGUAUACACACAGAGUCGAAUACUAAAGGCCAGACUUGAGUAUCUAAGGGACCAGUUCCAGAUCAGAGAAAAUGAUUUUCUUACUUUUGAUGCUAUGAGACAUGCUGCACAGUGUGUUGGUCGUGCCUUGCGGGGAAAAACAGAUUAUGGAAUAAUGUGUUUUGCAGAUAAGAGGUUUUCUCGGGCAGACAAACGAGGAAAAUUACCCAAAUGGAUUCAGGAGUCCUUGAAAGAUAGUAUGUGCAACCUUUCCAUUGAAGAAGCUGUGCAAAUUGCUAAAAGAUUUCUGAGAGUUAUGGCACAACCAUUUAGGAAGGAAGAUCAGUUGGGUGUUUCCUUGCUCACUUUGGAGCAACUGCAAGCAGAAGAAUAUCAACAGAAGCUCGAAGCUCGUGUUCAAGUCCAUUGAUAAUUUGUUUAUGUAUUCCCCUAUUGCCAAAAAGCACUAAGCUAAGAAUUUCAAACUUACAUGUAAAUAUUCAAGUCAUCAGAAUAAUUGUUUAAAAAAUAAGAUACAAGCAACAUCAUAGUUCAGUCUGAUUUCCAUAACUUAUCAGUUUUGAUUUCUUGUACCAUUUCCAUAAGUUUUUAAAACAAACUUCCAUAUUUUGUAUGUUGGCAACUGUUAAUAAAUAGUCACAUGAAUAUUGA